UUUACAUUUGAUUUAUAGAGCUAAAACCUUCUAACAAGUAGCAAUGCUAACAACACUUCACAGUCUUACCUAAAAUAUAUAUUAUACAUGAAUACUAGCAUUUUAGUAUAAUGGAGGGCAAAAAUCUCAAAACGGAUGGUAAGCUGCUUGAGGAAGGUCUUGAAAAGGAAAACCUAACCUUUAAGCCCAGAAAACCUUUGGAAAACAGUAUUGAAUGUCGCGAAAAGACAAUUGUGGAAAAUAUAAACGCCGAUCAGGAAGCCAUUGCUAAAAUCCAAUAUCAUAGUUCGGAGCAUGAUAUGCUGGACAAAUAUAUGGAUAAACAGGAGCAAAAUUCCUCAAUUCGCAAGUAUCUGGUUGUUGGUAUUCACUGGGUUUCCUUACUUACCGAAAACGUGUUGAGCCAUCCGUUUGUAGUAUUGCGCUGGCAGUGUCAGGUUUAUAAUGCAUCGAAACACUAUCAUUUACACCCUUUUGGUCUUCUUCCCAGUAUUGUGCAUUUGCACAGUCGUCAAGGACUUGGCACACUAUGGAAAGGAGUGGGCAGCUGCCUCAUUGUUCGCGGCAUGACCUGUGCCAUUGACGAUUGCAUAUCAAAGCUUACCAGCUGGCCCAAGGAACUGGACAGUCGAACUACUUUGAAGCGAUUUGGGCAACAUGUUCUCCUCAAAUGUAUAAGCAUCGGUUUGGUUGUGCCAUUUCACGCUGCUUCCUUGGUAAAAUCAGUGCAAAGCGACAUAGCCAGUGAGAAAACAGGAAUACUCGAUGUGAUGCGGGAAGGAGGACUACGACUUUUGCUCUGGAGUUCCCCGAAAAAUAGCCGAAUGCUACCUGUUUGGGCUUUGAUAGGUCCCAGUGUUUCGAUUGGCAUCACCAAGUAUCUCUUCAACUUGCUAAUACACGGCGUGUCCACACGAAUGAUGCGCAGGCGAAUCACAUUUUUGCAAGAAAAUCGAGUUGAAAAGUUUGGCGACAGUACGCUGGAUUACCAAAAUGCAGAGAUAUAUGCCGGACUUAUUGCUAUGCUGACAACUGAAGUUAUUUUCUUCCCAUUUGAAACUAUUCUGCAUCGUCUUCAACUGCAGGGUACCCAAACAAUAAUCGAUAACCUCGAUAAUGGAUAUGCUGUGGUGCCGAUUUUCACAAACUACCGCGGCGUCUUUGACUGCUAUCGAGCAACAAUUACUUCUGAGGGAGCUGGUGGACUGUACAAGGGCUUUGGAGCCAUGGUCCUGCAAUUUGUGGCCCAUGUGGCUAUAAUAAAACUGGCCAAAUGGGUCGUAAAUCAGAUAGCUGAGGGUAUUUCCCAUCGACCAACAUCACGAAAAAUACAGUAUCUCGAUUGCAGUUCAUGCAACAAGAGCUCUACGACAUUAUCAGCAAGCAUUUCCAGCACUGAAUUGGAUGUGAUCAGUGUGGGAAAGUAUUCACUGGAUUAAAAAAGUCUAUAAUUGCUAAAGGAACUUAUGUUAAAUAACAUAUAUUUAAAUCAAAAAAAAAAUUUUAAAAGUUCGAUUAAAAUAGGUUGCGAAGCAUUAUUUUUGACAGUAAGAAUUGUUCGGUGCUAAUUAAAAAAUAAAAUUACGAU